CAAGCUCAAAGCCCGACCUUUUCAUUUUAGUUAUUGCAACUCUAUUUCAUUUAAAAUGGCUAGUGCAGCCAAACUACUCGCAAGCAUAUCUGUCAAGGAAGAUCCGGAACUUAUAUUUGACCUACUUGAGCAUAUCGGAACUGGGAGUUAUGGUGAGGUUUUCAAGGCACGACAUGUUCCAACUGGCAUCAUGACAGCAGUCAAAAUCAUCAAACUCGAGGCUGGAGAAGAACUUGACGAAGUUCUCAAUGAAGUUAAUUUUCUACGUGACUGCACUCAUGAAAAUAUCGUAGCCUACAUGGGAUGCUAUAUGAAACGAGGACCUGUAAAAGGACAAAAAGUGGUUUGGAUUGUUAUGGAAUACUGUGGUGGUGGUUCUGUUGAAGCCACUUGUAAAAAUCUGCGUGGAUGUCUUACUGAAAAAGAAAUUUCCUGCAUUAUUCACCAAUCUCUCAAGGGCCUGGCUUUUUUACAUUCAAAAAGCAAAAUUCAUCGGGAUAUCAAGUGCGGAAAUAUUUUAAUGACGGACAAGGGCGAAAUCAAGUUGGCGGACUUUGGGGUAUCCACACAACUCACGCGCACAUUUUCUAAACGGCAUACGUUUAUUGGAACACCAUACUGGAUGGCACCUGAAGUGAUUACAUCAGAGCAACAAGGAACAUCAUAUGAUGGCAAGGCCGAUAUCUGGUCCUUGGGAAUCACAGCGAUAGAAAUGGCUGAUGGCGCACCUCCCAUGUUUGAUAUGCAUCCCAUGCGCGUGUUGUUUAUGAUUCCUAAACUGGACUCACCUGUACUCAAGGACAAAUCCAAAUGGUACGUUUUUAUACGUUUUUUUUAUUUGGGUAUGAUGGUUUAA